AUGUCCGAUUGCGGGCUGACGAACGACGAUCUGGACGACAUCAGAUCGUGCCUAGAAGCUGCAGGAGUAUCAACGAUCGUAGAACUGUUGCUCGACACCAAUGGCCUGACAGCCCUCAAGCCCGACGUAUCAGGAUCGUCGGGAACAUUCGACGGCAUGACUUCUCUGGAGGUUCUUUCUCUAUCGGCGAAUGAGCUCACCACGUUGCCCGCUGACCUGUUUGGAAGCCUCACCUCCCUGGUAUCCUUGUUUGUCGACGAUAACAGUGACCUAACCUGUCUCCCCGACAUCCCGAGCAGGUAA